AUGGGCAAAUUCCAUAAAGUGUUGGAGCCGGGCGUCAACAUCCUUAUACCACUCGUCGACAAAAUCAAGCACGUACAAAGCUUGAAGGAAAUCGCCAUCGAGAUCCCGCAACAAGGGGCGAUCACCAUUGACAACGUGCAGCUGCAAAUUGACGGUGUGCUUUAUCUACGCGUCGUCGACCCUUUCAAGGCCUCUUAUGGAGUUGACGAUCCGGAGUUUGCUGUCACCCAGAUUGCGCAGACCACAAUGCGUUCUGAAGUCGGCAAAAUCUCGUUGGAUAUGGUGUUCAAGGAGCGCGAGACGCUAAACGAAAGUAUCGUGGAAGCCAUCAACAAGGCAGCUUCCCCGUGGGGCAUCACUUGCCUGCGAUAUGAAAUUCGGGAUAUGCAAAUGCCAGCGAAGAUCCAGGAAGCCAUGCAGAUGCAGGUGGAAGCGGAAAGGAGGAAAAGAGCUGCAAUCCUGGAAUCGGAAGGUCAGAGAGUGGCCGCGAUCAACGUCGCUGAAGGAAAGAAGAAAGCUCAAGUCUUGGCAUCGGAAGCGAAGGAAUUGGAACAGAUGAACAUUGCUCGUGGUCAAGCCCAGGCCAUCCAAGUUUACGCAGAAGCUCGAGCUGCGGCGUUAGAACGCAUCGCGGCCGCCAUGGAGAAGAAUGAGGGCUCUGGCGCCGCGUCCCUGACGAUUGCCGAACAAUACGUUGAAGCCUUUUCCAAGCUCGCCAAGGAAACAAACACAAUUAUUUUGCCCGCCAAUAUUCAGGAACCAAGCGCUAUGGUCGCGCAGGCGAUGGCUGUUUACAAGAGCAUCACCUCGGAGAAUCGACGUGCCGAACGUCCACAUGUGGCAUCGGAGGAAUGGGAUGAAUUUGCUUGGCUACGUGCUGCGGCGGUUGUUGGCUUUAUAAUCUUGGUGUGCGGGUGCUCAUGUCUUGUUUCGCUGUGCAAAUCUUCGACUAGAACCCGGGUUACGCGCUAUGAUUUGCUCUCGGUAAAAGAAGUCUACCCGCAUUUGGCCUCGGAUUCCGAUCACGAGUUCUUCGUCACAAACUCUCAAAUACUGGCCAACGCCUCGGUCAGCUCGCCGAAGCACAUCAGCAACCUGAACGCUGGAAAUGCCGAGACACAACUGGAUAUGUUGACAGAUCUCCUAUCACUGGGCGACGAACUUUGUCCAAAAUCCAGAAGCUUGGUUGACGACUGGAUUUCUGGGCUCGUGACGAGUGUCGAGAAGGCGGCGGUCCCUUCACUAAACCAAGAAAGCGCGGUCGCCUUGUGGCGCAGAGUCUCGAAUCGCGUGCUGAUAAGCGCCGGCGUCUCCCCGAAAUUGAUGGAGAAAUCAUGCGGUGUGCAAAAGAAGAUUGUCGAUCACAUGUUCACGGCUGACGACUUUGGGCUGGUGAUGCAGUUUCUGCUCCACCGCCAGAUUCCGGUUUUCCAGAACAGCGGAACCGGAUGGGCCAAAGAACUGAUGGAUCAAUUGUCUUCGAUGCUGAUCAGGGACGAGCAGGAGAUGACGUUGCUGGAGCGCUGGCGCUGGGCGUUGGGACAAGCGGCGAAUUAUUGCAUCGAGAACCGAAUGCGGACCAUCUACGGCGGCGCGAUGGAGACGUUCUCCGAGAUUUCGAAAGAGCUGAAUCGGCUGGCGAAGGAGGUCGUGUCCGGAAAUAGCUCACAGAAGACUGUACCGGAAUUUAAGAAACCGUCUGGUCGGCGUGAAGAAGCUGAGGAAAACGGCGUUGUCGAUUAUACACCGCAAAGAGCCCUGACUGACAUCGAAGAAUGGUGGCGCAUUCGUCUCCUCAUCGAAUUUUUCGAGCUGCUCGAGAAGCUGAUGUUCUACGCGCGCAGCGGCACCGCCUUCCCGAUUUGCCCUACAAAUGAAGCAGCGUUCAACUUCUUCGUCCAGAACCUGAAGGCCUGCCAAGAAUGGCUGGCGCGCACCUACCUCUCCGUCAUGGCCCUGGCUUACACGGCUGGAGCGUAUGCGCAGGUGAUUCGGGUUGGCGGCGCGGUUUUCCGGGAUUUCGAGACGAAGCAACAUGCGAAGACAACGAGUCCUGAGGGAGUUGAUGCGGCGCAGCCGCGACUCUCGGGAACCUUAUUGGCGGCUACGCAAUGGAUGAUCCGAGCAAUGGUGCAACUUGGUGACGAGGAAUCCGUCAUCGGGAUCGGAAAGUGGCUCUCGCCAAUCGUGUCCGGCGAUUUGACCUGGGUUUUCAUAUGCGCGGAUGUAGCGGCUGCCAGAUGGGAAAUGGCAAUUGGAAAACUGCGCCAAAUACUAUUGCCCGUUAACGAGGAGACCCCGGACAGUCGAUUUGCUCGAGAGAUGAUGUUGCAUUGUAUCGAGAGCAUCCGUCUGCCGGAACUGAUGAACCCCACCGGAUGCCCGCUGAACCUGUCGGUGUGGACCUUGAUGGGCUCGGAUUCGAGCUCGACCUUUCCCGACGCGCCUCCUGGAUUUGACACGCGUGCUUUUGAACGUUGCCGAGAUCUGUGCAUUUUUGGAAAAGUGGAAAAGGGGGAAUCGGCGGCGCUUCCUUGGAAUUUCCUGGAGAAGAGCAAAGAGACCGAACAUUUGCUGCUAACGACAAUGCGCAGAAAUGAAAUGACCGACAUCGAAUACUCAUUCGCCAACGAAGCCCUGGCCGUCUUUUCGCAAGAGGGCCCCUCUCGACUCCACACUCGCCUGUCAAUCGUUGAGACGAUUUCGCGCUGCAUCUCGAACCGGAUGUUCCGGAAAGGAAGCGACUUGACUGAGGCGCACGGGGCUAUCCUCGCCGAGCUCGACCCGGCAUUCAUCUUGAAAAAUUCGGCAUUUGAUUUGGGCGAAAGGCUUACCUUGGCCCGAAAAAUGAUCCUCUGGACGGAGCGUUUGGCGAGCCAUGCCUCGAUCGAGUCGCACAUCGCCCUCGCGAGGCUUGCUAGAAAGCGCGAUAACAAGUUGCUCUCCGGCGUCCAUUUGAUGAAGGCCGCCUCGCUAAGCUCUACAAGCGAGACUCCGUUUGUAGCGCAGACCAGGAUUGCUGUUCAAGGCGCCAAAAAUCUUUGGGACAGCGCCACUCAGGAAGUGAGGGCUAGCCACUUUGUGCGGUUGUUCGGCCUGGCGACGAAGACGUUCGACAUCGAUCUGAUGAAUCGGGUUUCGAUACCGCCUCCAAAUGUGAAUAAUCACAUCCGGGCCCAGAACGGCUUCACCCCAAAUAGUGCCCAAAACAACCACGCGGCUACCAAUGGCCCUUUUCACCUUCAGCAAGAGAGUCUGGAAACGGUAGCCACGGCUGAAGCGUCGGUGCUGCUCUCACGAUGGCUGCUAGAAGACCCGCAGCUUGUCAACCAUAUUCCUCCGGAAUUGAACCAACAUCCGCUUAUGUCCCAAGUCAGCCGCGGCUACCACGAGUUCGGGUUCGGCGACCUCGCCGGAGGCCUCCUGUUGCAUGCUACGAAGAUUGCACCCAGCGUGACGAAAGCCCACCAAAACCUUGCCGACUGGGCCCUGGCUCAUGCGAAAGAAUACGGAUUUGUGCCCGAGCGUGACGCUUUCAUUCAAUAUCUUGCCGUGUACUACCCAGAGCUUGAGGCUCCCGAAUGCUUGCUCAGAGACGAGAAUUUUACGGCGGUAUGGGCGGCGCAGUUGGCGAGGAGACGCAAUCUGCUGAGCAUUGGAGUCAAUGCCCUAUUUGGCACGCUCAACAAUGCCUCGACGGAAUCGACCGGAAAACAGUCCAUCCGAGGCGUACAGUCCUGCUUGCGACUUCUCGACCUACUCGUCGACCACGCCGAGCUCGUCGACGAGCCAAUGAAGCGCGGCCUCUCCCGUAUGGACAAACGCCAAUGGGUGUCCCUGCUGCCCCAGUUGUUCGCCCGCCUUACCCAUCCGGCAAGACUUGUUCGCGAGACGGUCGUCGAUCUGCUCAUGCAAAUCGGCCGCGCUGCCCCACAUGCCAUCAUCUAUCAAGUCGUUGUCGGCGCCUCCAGCCAAAUGCUGAUCGACGGGGACGACGUCGUCGAGGUGUACAGCAACGAGGGACCCGAUCAUCGCCGAGAGCGGUCGCUGAUGUGGGAGGGCUGCCGAAAGAUCGAGCAGAGCCUGCUGCAACAUUAUCCGGCACUCGUCACCGAUGUGCGCGUCUUUGUCGACGAGUUGCAAAAGAUUAACCUUUUGCCGGAAGAGAGAUGGGCAUUUGUUCUGGCCAACAUCAACCAAGACAUGGAUAAACGACUCGCCCACCUCCGCGCUGAAUCUGAACGCACGAUGAAGGCCGAACACCUCGACGAGAAGGAGCGUCAGGAAAUCGUUCAAGAAAAGACGCGUCUUAUCACGACACCGGUCUACCGUCUACUCGACGAUCUCUACGACCGUACCUUCCAAGAAUCGUCGAUGACCUCCAAUGAAAAGGCUUUCGUGAAGCAAUUUGGCGACCAAGUCCGCAGCACAUUCGCGAUGAGCCGCGAAAAUCGUCACCUGCCGGACAAGGCGUGGGCCCCGUUCAAGCAGCUCCUGGCCCUACUGAUCCAACGUACAUCAAGACGGGUCAUUCCGAUCCUACAACUUUCGGAGAUCAACGACCACUUGGCAAAGCUGAACGGUUCUGUCGUCCCAAUGCCCGGACAAGAGCAUCGCGACUAUUCGCAGGUCGUCAAUGUCGAACGUCUCGGCAAGCAAGUCCUCGUAUUGCCCACGAAAACACGACCCAAGAAGCUGGUCUUCGUCGGCAGCGACGGCAAAGAGCAAUACUUCCUUUUCAAAGGACAAGAAGACCUCCACCUUGACGAGCGCAUCAUGCAGUUGCUCAACAUCUGUAACCUCUUGCUCCGCGGCUCUGCAAUCACGAAAAGCGAAUGGCCACAUUUCGAGGCUCGUCAUUACGCUCUAUACCGAAAGUGGCAGACUCGAAGCCUGGCCCAAAAACGGGCGCAAAAUAAGAAUCGUGACGACGCGAGCCUGGCCGCCGUCGAGAGGCCGGUGGAGAUGUACACGAAAAAGCUGAGGGCUGCUUUUAAGGAGAAGGGUGUCCCGGCUGAACAUGUCAGUGAACGCUCACGAUGGCCGGCUGCUGUUCUUCAAGGCCUGAUGAAGGAGAUGAUCGAAGAAACUCCGCGGAAUUUGGUUUCCAGAGAGCUUUGGAUGCGUUCCGGAUGCUCCGACGGAUGGUGGCGCGUGACGUCGCGAAUGGCCCGCAGCACCGCCGUAAUGAGCAUCAUCGGCGCUGUCCUCGGUCUCGGCGAUCGCCAUCUCGACAAUUUGCUGGUCAACCUGGAAACCGGGCAGUUGGUUCAUAUCGACUACAAUGUGUGCUUUGACAAGGGCCGUCAACUGCGGGUGCCGGAGACGGUUCCCUUCCGGUUGACGCAGAAUAUGGUGCAGGCGCUCGGCCCGACUCAGGUGGAAGGCACAUACCGUGAAUCCUGUGAGAAGACAUUGACCGUCUUGCGCGAUGGACGCCAGACUCUAAUCAACAUGCUCGACGCGUUCGUCUACGAUCCGCUCAUCGACUGGGCCAAUGCCACCGACCAUCUGGUGAUGAGUGCCGCCUCGGUUAAUGUCGCCGUCGCUCUCGCUGUUUAUGGCACCGAUUCGCGCGUCGUGGAAGCGAAACCACUCGCCCGCCAAAUGUUUGCCGUGCGACUGCGCGAAUAUGGAUUUCUCUGGCGUGCGAAUAGUGCCGAGCUCGCGGAAGCCUUGUGCAAUUUGACCGACGUUCUCCGACACGAACAAAGCCAGCUGGCGCUGGCCCAGAAUGCGUGGAAGGACCAGGGAAAACUGGAAAAUUCUCGCGACGAGGCGUUCCAAAAAUUCAAGGCGGCCAUCCACGGUCAUCAUCAUUUGAUGAAGAAUUUCCGUCCGUUGCUGCGAGCGCUAUCGACGUGUGAUGAGCGGUUCGCCAACUACUCGCGAUUGUACCGCGAAUCUUUUGCUGACCCGGUGGUGUACACGCACACCGCCUUGGAGGCGAACCCGCCCCAGCUGGCGAUGGCCGUCGAAUUGUUGAGAAAUCUGGAUGCUUCCAUGAAUAGCGUCUACAGCGACCUGCUAGCUCUGCAGGUCGAUCUGGCCAGGAACCAAAAGCAAGAGCAAAACGUCUACGCAAGAGGGGUCAGCAAAAAGGUGGAGGCCCGUCUGGAGGGCCGUAUCGAUGCCAACGAUCCGGAUCGAGCCUACACCCCACAAGAACAGGUGGAGCAAUGGAUCGACGCGUCAACGUCACUCGCCAAUUUGGCUUUAAUAUUGUUGUUCCGAGCACAAUCGGCGAAAGCCGACGGGAACGUUAUGGGUGGCAGGGAUCGCAUUGGGCAGCUUCAGCCCCCCGUCCGGGGGGCUUCAUCAGGACACCGUCUUCACGAAUCUCCCACGAACAUUCACGACCCCGAGUAUCUCGAACGAUUUGUCGAGAAA